CAUAUAGAAUAGAAUAAUAGACCAUUACAUUAACUGCAUUCGUUUAGUCAUUACAUUUAUUUUUUCAGUUAUUAGAUUCUUCUUAUUCAUUUGUUAUAUACACUACAUUUAUUCAGUACAUAGUUUAGGAAUUACUGGACAAUUCAAUCCAUUUACAAAAAGUCACCCAUAAUGUUUAUAACCACCUGCCGAGGGUAUGCUAUACUUCUUGAUGUGCUUUGCAAACGUUGCUCAAAUUAUGUUCUUUAAUUUUACCUGCCAGCUGUUUAAGUGAUUUUGUUUCUACCCUUUGUUGACUACUGUGACAUCACAAUAUACGGCUUCAUUUCUUUGUGACAUCGUAGUGAACUUUAUAACUAAGUAUUCUAAAAUAGGAAGUCACAAAUUCCAAACUACGCGGUUUCUGGAUCUUUGGACGCUCGGUUAUAGUUUCAUAUAUAUGGACUUAUAGGGGAUCGUUAGCGCUAACUUCCUGUAUUUCUUGUUGCAGUUUCCUGUAAGCACAUACUGCCUUGUUAGACACUAAGUUUGAGUUUAGGGUAUGGAAUGUUGCAUUAGUAAAUAUUGUCUGUGGUCUAUUUUGAAUGCUAUGUUGUUAAAAUAUGCGUUUUUAUUUGGUGCAUGCUAGAGUCCGUAUAUAACCAUGGACUUUUGCAUGGUAGUACAAUAUGAUAGGGUAUGCAAUGUAUUUGUGAUAGGGUACCGUAGUAGAUAGUGAUUUGUGUGCGUGUUACACAUCGUUUGUUGCGUCAUAAUGAACGAACCUUCGCACAGCCACACUGCUGCGUCACCAUUACUAGAACGGCCAAGAUACGACCGUGCUUAUUUCCAAAACGGGCCUGGCGAUGCGCAACGCACAGUUACGCUACGUACAGCUUCAAUGAACGAAGGCAUGUCUCGGCCUCGUGAACGCACGAUAUCAGCCAUAGCCCCGAUGCCGACGUCUUGUUAUACGAUCAAUAUGUUUCUGUUCUUUCUAACUUGCUUCCAACUUAUUAACUUGCUGACACUGACUUACACGGACAGUGUGUUGAACUAUAUAACUAAAAGGUUCAAGAUACCGAACACGAUGGCCUCCUUCAUACCAAGUAGUUACCAAGUUGGCAACAUGGUCGUGAUCAUCCCUAUCUCAUAUUUUGGUGCCAAAUUAAACCGACCACGAGCCAUUGGUAUUGGAGUAAUGGUAAUGGUGGUAGGGUUGGGGUUUUGUAUGUUACCUCACUUUAUACUACCUGCCCCACCCUUGAAUAACUCUACAACGUCAAGUCUAUGCUGGGAGAGGCCUCAUAUUGGAAAGGCAUUGGUACACAGAGCUACAGACUUGACAACGCCAAGGAAUCUUCCGUGUAAUAAACAUGCGACUGUGUAUAACCCUGCACUGCUGCUAAUUCUAGGUCAUCUUUUAAUUGGAGGGGGAGCAGCUACAUUAUGGCCACUAGGUGUUUCUUAUAUUGAUGAUCACGUUGUUAUUAGGAAGAUUCCGAUCUAUAUAGGCAUUUUCAUCGGCACUACAUUGAUGGGUCCCGUGUUCGGAUUCCUGCUCGGCAGCGUGAGUUCAGCGAUCUAUGUUACAACGAACUCGAGUCAUCUACAUCAAACCAACCCUGCAUGGAUUGGUGCUUGGUGGCUGGGUUACGUUGUAGCAGCGAUACUCCUCGUCCUCCUUCUCUUCCCCUUCUACUUCUACCCGAGGUACUUACCUGUGUCACCACAGAAGGAAGCAGAACUUGCAGAGAUCGCUGCACUUGAGGAUAGGAGGCACAUGUCCCGAACACAAUCACAAUUAGAUGCGAUAGCUGAGCAAGAGUUGGAGAACGUGGCGUCACAAUCGGAAGCCAGUAGUGUAGCGGGGUGUACGGCUACCCGUCCAUUACGCGCAUGUGAAGAAAGUAUGGUGGGGAAGAUACUUUCUACGUUUGCUGAUAUGACAUGUGCAAUACGACGUACAUUAUCGACGCCACUAGUAGUGACUGCCAUCCUCUCCUACAUUGCAAUGGCCAACUUAUUGGCCGGCGUUUCAACUUUCGGGUCAACAUACGUACAAAGGAUGUUUAAUGUGUUGAGGAUGACUUCGGAUAUGUUGAUAGGUGGGGUUUGUGUUCCACUUGGAAUAGCAGGAACCUUUGCAGGGGGCUACCUUAUGAAGAAAUAUAACUUCGACAUCCGUCAAACUUUGCUCUUUACCAUUAUAUUCUCGGGAGCAGGUUGUGUGUUUCUCGCAGCAUUGUUUGGGUUGGGAUGCAAAGUACCUUCUAUUGCUGGUAUAACUGCUCCAUAUAGAGGUUCAGACAACUUAAACAAGACAGCUUAUUGUAACUAUGAUUGUCAAUGCCCUAAAGGUCAAUUCCUGCUUGUAUGUGGGGCCGAUAAAGUGACUUAUAUAUCUCCAUGUUACGCCGGGUGCAAACAUACCAAUAGUACAACUGGUUAUAGGAAGAUUUCGAAAUACACAAACUGUUCAUGCGUAAGCGGGGACGACAAAUCUGCGCAUUCGGGAUCAUGUUCUUCCACCAACUGCGGCGGUCUCCUUGCUUUGUUUAUGAUAUGCGUUGGGAUCGGGAUCACAUUAUUAUGUUUCUGUCAAGCCCCAGUUUACGUGGUGUUGCUUCGUGUGUUGGAAUCUGGAGAUAAAGCUCUGGGAAUUGGGCUCAUGUCGUUUUCAUCACGUUUACUUGGUUACGUCCCUGGUCCAAUUUGGUUUGGUCUCAUACUUGAUAGGAGUUGUAUCUAUAAAGCCCCAGCAUGCCAUGGGAAAGCAUUAUGUUACUUGUACAAUACAUACGGGUUACGUAUGAGUUACAUAGGGCUGAGCUUGGCUUGUAGUAUGGUGUAUAUGUUGGUGUUCAUCGUCACUUUCGUGUGGAUGGAAUUCAAUACGGGAAAAUAUGAAAAAGAUCCAAUAAUGAUCGAACCACUAGAGCUCGAUAGAGAGCUGAGACGAGAAAAUUAAUUGUGAUGUCAUUAUUUUAAAAUGAUGUCAUAUUCCAGAAAUUUUCUAAAGAUAUAUUAUUUAUUUCACCAAAUUGGUGGCCAUUAUGUCAGUGUAUGUCAUUAUGACAUCACAAGUGAAUUUAUGACAUCAGAACUACCUUUUUGUUAUUAUUAUUAUCCUUUUCUACCAGGGUUUCUGUUUGUUUGAAACAUUUACUGAUAAGCAAUAAUUUAUGAACACCUAAAAGCUUGUAAUUGGCACCAUACGGCUUGCAUUGUAAUGGAAAGAUACCGGGUUCAAGGCUCACUGCUGCUACUAUUGUGGGCGUAUGACGCGUUCUUGGGGUUUUAAUCUAGGGGUCACUGAUGGGUUGUAGCACUCUGGCUGUCAGAUCUACUUUGGCUUUAAUCUCAAAUCACGCCUUGCUGUACGACCUCCCUCAUACAGAAUAUCAAAAUAAGACAAAUGGUUUUACUAAGAUUUCUAAGUGCAAUUAAAAUCCCUGGUUUAUAAUGCCAUGUUGCAAUAAAACUGAAUAUGAGAGAAUAAAAUGAACAAAAUGUG